AAUAAUAUCUUGAAAUCUUGUAAAUUAGCAUUGGUUUUAUUUCAAAGACCGGAAGCUUGAUCUUUCCUAUUCUGCCAAAUCGCGUUUCUACAGGUAACCUACCCUACUCCAACUUAGGCCAUUCUCGAUUACGUUUACACCUGAAUGUGUGCGUAAGAGAUAACCCUCUUCCAGGCCCCGUUUUUCGCGUUUUUUAAUUAUUUAUUUCCGUGUAAACUGCAGUGUUGAUAUAAAAACAUUGAUGGUCGAUAAUUUAGUCCUGCGUUGAGGGCCCCGGGGAGAACUGCAAAGGAUUAUAAAGUCACCUCAGACCUCACUUUUUGUCCAGCGACAUGGCUCGACCACGGCCGCGAGAAUACACGGCAGGAGAUCUGGUUUUCGCUAAGAUGAAGGGAUAUCCGCACUGGCCGGCGAGGAUUGAUGAGCUUCCAGAAGGAGCUGUGAAACCGCCUGCCAACAAGUACCCCAUCUUCUUCUUUGGGACCCAUGAAACUGCAUUUCUGGGACCAAAGGAUCUUCUGCCCUACAAGGAGUACAAAGACAAAUUUGGCAAGUCCAACAAGAGGAAAGGCUUCAACGAGGGCCUGUGGGAGAUAGAGAACAACCCUGGAGUCAAGUUUACAGGCUAUCAGGCCAUCAACCAACAGAGUUCCUCAGAAACAGAAGAGGGGGGAAACACUGCUGACGGCAGCAGCGAGGGAGAGGAGGGUGAUUCUGUUGAGGAGGAAGAUGACAAGGAAAAGCUGAAGGGAGACAAGACCGGAUCCAAACGGAAAAAGACGGCCACCUCCAAGAAAUCCUCCAAGCUGUCACGGAUCUCAGCUGUAGAAGAUGACCUGGAGAAGGAUGGGAAAGACGAUGACCAGAAGAGUGGCUCAGAAGGAGGAGACCCUGACAACGACAUCAUCCAAAAUACCACUGACAGUAAGAACCAGCUGCUCAUAGAAGAACAUUAGGCGACGAACACACGAAAGGGAAAUCAUUCUUCACAGCUGUGACAUUAGAAAGGUGAAUCUACGACAUGAUUUCUUGACAGCACCAUCUACUGGCUGCCAUCAUCACUUCCACUUCUCUGUAGGACUUGGCAGUAUGUGCUUGUAUGAAAGAUGUACCCAUACUGAUACUGGUAUCACCUUGUUGAUGCCAGUUUAUAACUGGGCAUUAUGUCACACAGUUUUUUCACCUCUGAAACUGAAUGCCAAGGGCCUUGUCAAGAUAUAAUGACAAAGGCUUUGACUGUUUAUUUAACAAAGCUUACUUACAAGUCUGCAGAAACACUGGAUAAAGUAUAGAAUAUUUAAAAGGGAAUUAAGUAGCUAUCCAUUAGGGAUGUGAUUAAAUUAACUGUGUUUAUGUAAAGCUCAUACUAAUAUCCCCUUGAGAAUAAAUAAACAUUUAUUUGUCAAAGAACUGGUGGGCAGUGUGGGUGGCUCUCUUACCUCCUUUAAUAACAGCAAGAGUAGACUUAAUCUGUUGCUUUGGCAGAAAGCAUAAUCAAGGUCUGCUUUUAACUUUUUCUAUCAACAGCAUCUCAAAGUCUUCAUUAGCAAUUUGAGUUAUUGGCUCAGAUGUCACUUUGGAAGAAAGAGGAAUAUAUAUUAUUACAUGGAUAAUUUCAUACAAAGGUGAAAAAAAUAUUUAUUUGCAGCCCUGUCACAACACAAAAUCACAAUUUGUCUAUGGUAAGAGGUAAAGCUAGCUAGCUAGAUUGAAAUCCUGAAGAAGUAAUAUUUCACAUUGUUAAAUACUACCAUAAAUGUGUUUUGGCUUGAGAAUGAGGCUGGUCAGUAGCUGUUGAAUAAGCAGUUGAAUAUAUUCAGCUGAUGCUCAGAAUAUUCUCAGAGACAAAGACAAAUUACAUUGUGUUAUAUUGUAGUCCAGAUCCUAGCUCCACCAUAUUGGUUGUUCACAGCCCUGCUACACUGUAACUCUUGUGUAUUUGGUGUAAUUUUGGAUUUGUAUUAAAAAGUAAGAGUUCAACACAGGCCGCUCAAGAAUUAAUCUUAAUAAAACAUUUUUUGUAAUGCUUAACAAGAUGAGCGUAAAGGUAUAUUAGCAAAAAUCUGUCACAGCAUUAACCUGUAUAAAACCAAAAUAAUGAAACAUUCUAAAAUUCUAAUUCAAAACUUCUAAUCACCUUUUCAGCAAAGAUGACUGGUAUUUAUCCAAGACCUUGUCUCUCCCAACAGUACAUAUUGUUUACAUGUAUGUGCUAUAACAAUGGAAACAUUGCUUAGUUGCUCUUUAAUUAUUGUUGAUAAGGGACUUAUUAUGUCAGUUUUAAAUUCAUUUGUGAAAUCUGUAAAAAUACAGUAUUGGUGCAUCUUUACUUGGCAUGUGACAUGAUAAAAUACCAUCAUCUCACUACAUGUCACAUUUAGGCCAGAAGAAACAAGGAGUUGGGGUGGCAUGCAUUCUUCCCACUGCAUCAUUGUCACAGUGUAGAUAGCCAUUGAUCAGUAUUUAUACUGACCUGUAUCUGUAUUGUAUCGCUCAUGAUCCCCUGUCACUGUGUGAAAAUGCAUUUGAUUUCUGUAUAUUUAUAUAUAUCGAUAUCUUUCUAUCUAUCUAUAUAUAUGUAUAUGUAUAUCUAUAUAUAGAUAUAUAUUGAUAUAGAUAUAUAUACUCUCCUACCAUCAAUGAUGUUAGGUAUUGCAGUGUACUGAUUGCUCUAGUUGUAGCUUGAAAUUGAUUUGUUUACAAAGAUAAUAAUGGGAGGGAAUGAAAUGGAAUAUGGAAUAUAUAUAGAAUAUUCAGUUAUUGUCAACCAUCAUCCAUCACCCUAUGUUACCCUUUUAUGUAACCAGAAAAAGAUGAAUGGAAACACAUAGAUAAAUGUAUGAAGUGUUGUGCACAACUGGGUUACAUAUUGUAACUCAAUAUUAACUACCGGUAUAUCUGUAUAUUUUACUUUUGUUGUAGAAAAUAGGACCACGAUUCUACCCGGACCACUUUAGGUAACAGCUCAUCUUUUUAUGGAAAGUGAUACAUCUGUUCUUUUGUGUAUCUGUGAAAUAGAUUACUGUAUAUUUCAGAGCUUUUUAUAGUGGCAUGCUUUGCUGUUGUACUCCAGACCAUCCUUAUGUAGAUUAUUGUGUCUAUGGCUUCUUUAAAAUCAGGUUUGUUGGUAUGCGACGGACACAAUCACACACUUUUGUUCUGUUGCCUUGUCUCAAUGUUUAAACCUGACAGUGAAAUGAGCCGCAUUACUUAUUAAGGAAUGGAUGAAUUCAUCUCAAACACCGUCAACAACAUAGAGUGUUAAAACACAUUUUGUAAUUGCCAGUACAUCAUUGUCCCUGAGAGAGAGGGAGUUGACUUAGACUGAUUAAAGAUGAUACCACACAGCUCUGUCUUUUAACACUGUGCCAGUUGCCUUUACUUUGCUUCCACUAUUGCUGUCAUGAGAUAUAGACUUAUUUAUUUUUUAAUGAUAGCUGACAUCUUCUGUAUGUAAACACAUGCUUUUUUAAAAUUUAUUCAGAUCUUUGUUAUGCUCGUUUUUGGAACAUGCUUUGCAUUUUCAGGGUUUGUAAUUUACUGUAAACUGUUUUUGCUGUUUUAUGGUUGAGACUUUUUCAAAAUAAACUCAUCGGAAUGCA